AUGUUUUCCAGGCCUGGAACAGAAGACACAGAAAGCGAUCUGCUUCGUUUUCAAGAGGAGUUCCUAACAGGUCGUUUAAACCCAUCAGCCACUGUCUUUCGUUCGAAUAAUGAAGGAGAGAGUCGCCCUGCAUCGGCAGGAGGAAAGCGCGUUUCUCCGUCUGCACCCGAAGUAGAAAGGGACGUCGUUACUUUCGAAGGUAACAGAUGUCUUAUUGCAUAUGCAUGUCAUUUUCAAUAAGUGAGGAGAAAAGUAAUAGAAAACAACACACCAAAUUGCAUAGGUCAUUAUUCCCAAGCCCACGCAAAAAACUGCAAUUCAACUUGUAACUUUUUGACGUGCUAUUAAACACAUGUAAGCUUAAAAUGUGAUUUAUAAUCUUUCUAAAGGGCUUCCAACAUUGCAGCCUCCUAGCCAAGCAGAUCCUGGUUUUCCACCUAAAAAGAAAUCAAGAUUCAAGUCGAGACGUCAAGUUUGUGUAUGUAUUCUAACAGAUAUGCCAAGGUUCCCUAACAGAGAUGCCAACCUCUGGGGAUCUAAAAUUUGGAGAACCUCUCUGUUUGCAUUAACCCCCCCCUCCCCUCUGCCAAAUAUCAACAGACCCCCUCCCUCCCCCCCCCCCCCCCCCAANCUGAUAAGCACAAAUUGACACAGUCUCCAAAUUGUAACAUGGAAAAUGUGUUGGACAUUUGAAUUAUGAAGUCUUAUAUGAAGCACAUACCAUCAAAGUUUGCUUUUAUCAUAACAAAAUUACUGUCAAACUCAGAAAACUGUGAAUGGCUGAAAAUUUUCAGGCAUGUUGAUUGUGUAGUGACCAAUCACAAUCAAUUUCAGGACAUGCGAGUAAACCACAAAACCACAAACUAGCUACUGUUGCUGUUUGCGAUGUAGGUUUCUCACUCUUUAUUGGCUUUCUCUUCACAACACAGUAACAUUUAUAGUAACAUUCCAUGAAUAUUUCUGGUGUUCACAGUAUUGUGAGUUUCACGGUAAUAAUCUUUGUCAGUGAUAAAACUCAUGCAAGAAUGCCCAGAAACCGUACUAUGAAUCAAAAACAUUUUUAGAUUUUGAGGAAACAGAGUAAAUUCCAAGCUAAAGCCCAGAAAAGCUCUACAAGUCGACUUUAUUUGCAAGAUUUGUUGACCCUUGUGGGAGAGCGGGGAAUUGGUGCCACAUCUGGGAGAGUUGUCAUAUGUGACUGACUGAGCACUGCACACUUAGGUGAGGGAAUGAGAAAAGAAGGGGCAGUCAGUGCAAAUUUCACUCACUCAUCCUUGUUACCAGGGGUUUCAAGAAGGAAGGUUUUAUAGGCAGCUGUACGGCCCCUUUCCCCUAGGGGGGAAAACACAGACGGCGGUAAGAGGUCCUACAGGCGGCAGUAGACCGCCGGAAACCCCUGCGUUACUGUGACUAAGACAUAAGCUCCUCAGUGUGCUGUGUGCUGUUACCUUGUUAUGGUGGGGGAGCUUGCAGGCCUUAACGAUGCUGUGAGCUGUACCAGGGGGCUGGGACUUAAGCUCCUGGCAGGUCCAACCAAGCCGGGCAGGUUAGAGAGAAAAGUACAGACUAAAAGUCAGCACCUGGUCCUCCAGGUUGGGGUUUGGGCACGGGGCAAACAACCCCACCCCACAAAAAAACAACUUGUUACCAAAACAGUGCAAAUUUACCAGAUAAAUAAUAUGACAUUGAAUAACAGUACAUUAACAGUGUCUUUGCUGUGCUGUUUUAGAUCUUCAUCCAUUUUUUUUAUUUUACUUUAUCGAUUAAGUACAUAAAGGUUAUUUUUGUAGUCUCCUUUUUCCCAUUAAACGGUCAAGGGGGAGGUUGCCUAUUUCCAGUUUGUAGAAGUUGACCUUUGCCUGUCAGUGGUAGAUACCAUUAUCUAGCCUUAUAUGUAUUCCCCAUGCCAGGGAAUGUCAUUUCACUGCCCCAAGGUGGCGAUACAGUGUAUGCAUCAAUACAAACUGUAGAUAUUUCCCCCUGCCCCUUUUCUCAAGCAGUUACUUUUUAUAUAUGUUGUGGUUAAUUUUUUAUCUCAGGUAAUUUUUGUUUUUCUUUUGUUUUUGGGUAUGGUAAUGUAUGGUGAUGGCAUUGAAACAAAGGAGAAAUAAAAAUUACCUGAGAUAAAAAAUUAACUACAACAUAAACAUGCAAAUUUAAGGUUGUCUUCCUGUGAGAUAGGAAUAUCGUAGACCUUUUUGGAAAAAAAGCUUAUAGUUACACUGUAAGUGGUGGGGACUCUUCUGGAGCUAAAUGCAUUUCUCACUGUUCUUAAAAUGUAAAAUAGAAGAAACCUUCCUAGAAUUACAUUCUUUUGGUUUUAAGAAGCUUACAUGCAUGUACAGUACUAGACUGUUCAUUUGAACAAGUCCAAACCCUGUCAGUGAGACAAAUUAAAAUAGUGAGGUGCAAUAAUAAAGCAGACCUGUGAUGAUCAAUCAGCUUAAUUCUUUUCUUUCUCAAGAAUAAAGAGCAAGAUGACAAAGAGGAUAUAGACUGUGCAGAACUACUAGACAGUAGGUAUUAAGUAAUUUAAUUAUUCCAAUGGCAGGUUAAUUUUAAUUCAGUUAGUAUAGGUAAUAGGAUGAUUUGUAGUGAUAUUUCGAAAUUGUUAUACGUAAUUUCACGAGCUGUUAGGUAAGUGAAAUUUGAGACAAUUUUGAAAUAUCUGACUAGUGGUAUUUAUGCCAAAUAUCACGUACAAAUCAUGCUAUUAUGUGUUUAUACUACUACCUGCAAAAGGUUUGUAAUUUUCACAUGUAGGUUUAUCAAAUUUUAAUUUAAAUUUAAAACUUGAAAUACCACUGCUCUAAGCCAAUCAAAUUGCAGAAAUUUCUCGUGUAGUAGUAGUAUAAAUGUCUGAAUAAUACAAACUUUGAGUACAGAACACCAUAUAAAACAUGAGUAAACCUGCUGAGUUCUGUUCAAGAUAAGGGCAUUUCCAUGCCUCUAUAUUAGUUUUUGUUGUUACCUCCCCCACCCAAAAAUUAUCUUUAGAAGGUUAGGGCUGCAAGAAUGAAAAUAAUAUUGUGAUCAAAUUAAUAUCACUUAAUGAGAGAUCAUCACCCAUUUGAUUUCCCCUUACACUAGAGGCUUUUCACAAAGAGGAAAAGUAUAAUACUAGCAAAAUGUACAAGAUCGUUAAAUAUAAUAGUAUCAACUAUGUAAACAUUACUUAAAAGUAUUUUAUUGUUGUUUUUGGCAGUUCAUGACAGACAUGUUACCUCAGUGCUCUCUCAAAUUAAGGUACAUACAUUGUACAUGUAGUGGAUCAAUUAUUCUUUGUUCAAAUUUUAUCUCCUUUGCUUCUGGUAUUUUAAUGUAUCAUUGACUUUUAAGCAAAGAAAAGUAAAAUUAGAUCCAGGAAAAAAAUUGAACACAACAUGCAUAAGUUCUAUUUCUACUUAUUAGAGAGGUACAUUCUGUUGUCUCCAGGGGGUAAUGUUUAUACGUUACAGGUCAAAAUUAAAUUCAAGUUAAAAUUGUUUAACUUAGGUUGAUUCUCAAUUUCCUUUGUCUCUUUCCACCAAUUGUUCAUAAAAUUUAAAAUUGAUCAGGGCUAGCUAGGAGACAAAAGACAUUGAGAAUCAACCUAGGUUAAAAAUUUUUAGCCUGAAUUUAAUUUUGACCUGUAACAUAUACAUGUGCAUUGUGUAUGUGUAUAUGUAUUAUGGUAUGACUUUUUGUCAAAUUAAUUCUUUUUCCUAAAACACUAAAAGCCUAUUGGCAUACAUGUAUAAAUGGUGUACUAUAAUUAUUGAUCAUAGUUUGUAUUGAAAAAGUCAAGAUAUUACAUUAAUGAAGAUUGUUUUUCUUCAUUUUAAGGAGAGGGAAAUUCAGUAUGGAAGUAUCCGAGCUCCUGAGGUAUCUGAAGGGGGAUUCCCUGUAGCUCUUCAUCGUGGAAAUAUAACUGAUCAGGUGAUUACUAAUUUUUUGACCAUGAAUCUACUUCAUACAAAUCGGUUUUUAAAAUUCAGUUGAAUUUCUUAAUUAUGGAGUGAAGCUGAGUUUUUUGAUAUUUAAAAUUCAUUAUAAAAUCUUAAAGCUGCCUAACCACACAUACUGAUUUAAAUAAUUGUCUCACUGAAGCUUGUUAUUUUCUGAUAUAUUUCAUUUACAUCUCUAGUGUGUUCUAUGGUGUAUUAACCCUUUAAGCCCCAAGAUCCACAAACAAAUUUUCCAGAUUUAUCUCCAUACAUUUCCUUUAAGAAUAGUUGAGAGAAUUUGGCUUAAGAUCAAAGUGUUUUUCCUUUUGGUAAUCAAUCUAGUAAUUCUCAUAGCCUUUUUUCUUGAUGAUCUGCUGAUGUUGUUAGGAGAAAAUUGAUGUUGGUCACUCUUGGGACCUAAAGGGGUAACUGAGUUCAUGUACAUGUACCUAUAUUCCAACAGAAGUCAUCAUCAACCAAAGGCAAUAACUCUGCAGGCAAAAGGAGCUUAUUUGCACAACAGUUUGCAGCUUCAGGAGGCAUUACCUUUGGUGUCAAAGAACGUAAGAGGGAUAAUUCACAGCUUAAAACAAAAACAAGUGAGGCUCUCAAAGUUAAUUCUCCUCAAGCUCCACAAUUUCUCAAUUCUUCAAUUGUCUCUGGAGAGGGUCUUAUGCAAUCUGGUAGCAAAGAAAUGCUUUUAAAUAAGGAAGUUGAAGAAAUACAUAAGGAGAACGUUGCUAAACUAGAAUCCAUGUCACAUGAGGAAAUAUUGGAGGAACAAGCCAGGAUAAAGGCUUCCUUAGGUAAGCCUAGAAAUUACGCUAAGCGUAAAACUUGUUACGGUUACACUGGUCAACAGAGGUGAGCCGGGAAAAAGAUGCUGCAUAGGGGAGGGGUGUGUGUAGCAGACAAAACCUGAAAGGGUGCUAGGAGGUACAUGUCACCAUGGUGACACAGUAAGAGUCUUCUAUCUGUGCAAAUAGUUUAGAAUUUUUCAAGUCUAGGCUAAAGACAAACCUUUUUUAGCUUGCUUAAUUAGUUAUUUCUAUAUUUGUGCUGUAAUUAGGAUAUUGCUUAAUUUUUAAAGUUAUGUAAAGUGCUUAGAAAUGUUUUUAUGAACACUAUAUAAAUACCACUAUCAUUAUCAUCAUUAUCAUUAUCACAUCUUCAGGCCCUAAUAUUGUUCAAAAGAUGGCUAACACUAACUGCUGGAUAAAUCAAUGGCUUCUGCAUACACGUACAUCACUUAAAUUAUGGCUACUAAAUGAAAUUUAGGCUAAGUUAAACUACACUGUGGAGACAUUUCUGGCCAGUACUUUCUUGUUGGAGUUAUUCUGGGGUGCCCUUAUCCCAUUGCAGGGGCUCAUGGUUUUUUAACAGCCAUUCUCUUGAGGUCAGGCCAUUACAUUGGGGUGUGAUUGUUUUUCCUAGCUUGUGCUUAGCUUGCAAAGUGUUUUUUUUCCUGCUCUCUACCCUUCAAAAUUCCCCCCACCCCACCCCCGCCUCUGGUAAGUAUAUAGUAAGUAUGCUAGCUUCCACUGAUUAGCAGUGUGACAGUGUCUGUGUGGAUGCUACCAUCAGCCUCACAGGCACCUCCCACACCUCUCAUCUCUGUACAUUCUGCACUUACCAUUGAUACAUGUACAGUUGACUCCCGAUAACUCAAACCCUUGCUAACUUGAACCUCACGCUAACUCGAACCAAAGUCGAUUUCCCCUGGAUUUCUUUCAUACUUUUUACUGUAAUUUUACCCUCGGUAACUCAAACCUCCCGCAAACUCGAAGUAAUUUUUGUUUCCCUUCAGAUUAUUUGUAUCGAGAUAACUCAAACCAUGUUUUUAGAGUGUGACAAGUUGGAAAAAAAAAACAGUGUACCACCGUACUGAAGUCCGAAGCACUGAAUUUAUUUCAAAACAACCGUGUCAUUUCUUUGUCGUUACUUUUCUUGUCACUCCAGUUCAAAUUCAGUGUCCAUCCUUGUGAAGUGUGCGUGAUACUUGCAUUCCCCCCUCGUUUUUUUGCUUACUUCCGGUUAUUUGCUUGGAACUCCAGAUAACUCGAACUUAUUCCGAUUUCCCUAGAAGGUUCAAGUUAUGGGGAGUCAACUGUAUUAAAUGUGGCCGGUGAUACUGUUAGCAGAUGGUUCAUGAUGUCUAAUUACAUGUACAUGUAUGGCUGCAGUUCUUUUGAAACAUUCAGAUGUCUUUUACAUAUUAUGAAACCACACAUUUCUUAGUGUGACUUUCUUUUUGUCAGAUCCAAGUCUUGUUGCAUUUUUAACAUUGAGACAGAGGAAAAACGAAGAUGAAAGAACACAUACAGAUACAAGCAUGGAGAGGAGCAAUGGAGGUGAAUUCCAUGGACAUAUUACAAGCUGUGCAAUGGAUAUAGAAUCUAACCAUGAUGGGAAACAUGUGCAUUUCAGUGAAAAUGUUGAAAUAAUAAAACCAGAUAAUGAAGAAGAAACGAUAUCAGAUCAUUCAACAGCAGAUGGUUGCAUAACAAUUGGUGAUAUGGAGGUUUCCAGUAAGUGGCUUCACAUGGGUACUGUGGAAACCGAGAAGCUAGAAUGGAUGAAAGACUGUCAGACACCCAGUGCUGUGGAAAGUAAGGUAUAUACAUUAAUUAUUUUUUAUCUUUCUCUCUAGUUAGCUAUUGUAAGUCUCCUUUGCAGGCAUUCUUUAAUUGUGUCAUCACACAAUGCUCCUGCUCUUUUCUUGUGGGGAGGAGCAAUGCAUGACAUUAAGAGUCAAUAAACUUCACUUGGGAGGAGAAGGAAUGAACAGUUUAGAUUAUAUGACCCUUCCUCCAAAACAGCUUUGAUUUUAAUUCUUUGAACAUCAUAUGAAACCCAUCAAAGAACACGAGCUUUGCCAAGAGGCAAUGUUGUAGAGAAAAUCCAUUCUUAAGUUAAACCAGACUUUCCUUGUUUGUCUCCUUUAUUGGUAGGAAACAAAGGAAAUUCUGAAUCAAACUAGGGGUGAUCAAAAUCAGGAUCAGUGAUCAGGGAUAUCGAUCACUGAUGCAUAAUACAUCAUACAUCAAAUGAGCAAAUCAGUCCUUUCUCAGAGUGGAUUUGUUGGUUCCUUGAUAAUCUAUGAUCCGAGUGAUCUCAGAUCCCUGAUCCCAAUGGAACUCGCCCUAGACUGAAUGCUUUUUGCCUGAUAAUGAAUGUUACCUACAUAGCUGAAGUUCUGAUUGUUAGUGUGUAAUAAAAGAUAUCUUAUCUAUACAUGUAUCCCUACAGGAAGGAAGGCAAGCUCGCUUUGACUUUCAUGGCAAUCUAGUCAACCAAAGUGAUGACAUUCCAGAGUAUCUGGGUCUCCAUCACCAUGGCGAUGACCCAAGCUCUGCAGGUUACACUCUUGAGGAGUUGAUUGUUUUGGCAAGAAGCAGUUUUUUGCAGCAGCGGGUGUUGGCCCUACAAGUCCUGGCUAGGAUCAUAAGACAGGUAUUAGCGUCUCUCAAGGUUUUUUCAACUAGCUUGAUUAAACAGCCAAAAUUUCAUGACACCACGUGCCACUGGUUUCCCUCAGAUCAAUAUGAGGUCUAACGAGUGAGUGCAGAAAUUCCAGCUCUGAAUGGUUUGAGGAGAUUUGCCUCUAAGCACAACAAUAAUUGUUGUUGUUAUUCAGAAGCACGAGGCCCCAGAUCUGGGUAGCAACAUGUCAUCAGUAUGGAAUUUCUGCCCUUGUUCCAUAGAGGUCAUUUUGCGGGGAAACAAACCACUAGUGGCAUCACAUAAUGUGAGCAGUUUUCUCAGGCUAAUUUUUUUUAACUAGUAUCACAGAUACUACAAGUUUUUUUCAGGUUGUUUGACAAAUUGUAUAAUGUCUCGCUAUUUUCAACCUUGCCAGGUUUGCGUGGAAAAACGUGCAUCAUUUCCAAGGCUGUAACCCUCAGCAGUCCUUCAGUUUGCAAAUGAGUGAACCUCUCAUGGCGCAUAUGCUUUCAUUAACUGCAAGGCUUACCUGUUUUGCAUCUUCCAUUCUGAAUUCUUUUCCAGGCUCAGCUGGGUGUAUUUCAAGAGCAUCUUGAUGACAAUAUAGUGUCCGUUCUUCUUGAUGCAGGAGUUCUGUUUCUUCUCAGAUGGGCAUUAGAUGACUCCUCCGAUGCUGUCAUAGCAGCUGCCAUUCAGUGUUUUACUGCUAUCCUCGUUGUGCCAAGUGACAAGGUAUGCAUAAUUAUUAACCCUGUCACUCCCAAACAACUAAAUUUCCAACUUUCAUUUUCUUUGAAAUGCUGAAAUCUAAAUCUGGUCUCCAAAGUGGCUUCUAAACCAGAAUUUUUAGUCGCCAAGGAGAAAAUGUCAGUCGCAUUGGCGACCAUAUUAGUCGCAAUUUUGAGCCCUGAAUACAGAUCAUGAGAAUUAAGAGAAUGUUCACUGGAUAUACAGGUGGAUGGUUUUGGUUCCCAUGUCAGGUUCAGUUGAAAAAAAAGUUAAAACAGUACUUAUGACCCACACAAACCACUUUGUAGUAAUCAAGAGCUCAGCAUGAUUUGCUCCUGUGAAGUAUAGAACAAGGGCAUUUUCCCNAGUUUGCAAAUGAGUGAACCUCUCAUGGCGCAUAUGCUUUCAUUAACUGCAAGGCUUACCUGUUUUGCAUCUUCCAUUCUGAAUUCUUUUCCAGGCUCAGCUGGGUGUAUUUCAAGAGCAUCUUGAUGACAAUAUAGUGUCCGUUCUUCUUGAUGCAGGAGUUCUGUUUCUUCUCAGAUGGGCAUUAGAUGACUCCUCCGAUGCUGUCAUAGCAGCUGCCAUUCAGUGUUUUACUGCUAUCCUCGUUGUGCCAAGUGACAAGGUAUGCAUAAUUAUUAACCCUGUCACUCCCAAACAACUAAAUUUCCAACUUUCAUUUUCUUUGAAAUGCUGAAAUCUAAAUCUGGUCUCCAAAGUGGCUUCUAAACCAGAAUUUUUAGUCGCCAAGGAGAAAAUGUCAGUCGCAUUGGCGACCAUAUUAGUCGCAAUUUUGAGCCCUGAAUACAGAUCAUGAGAAUUAAGAGAAUGUUCACUGGAUAUACAGGUGGAUGGUUUUGGUUCCCAUGUCAGGUUCAGUUGAAAAAAAAGUUAAAACAGUACUUAUGACCCACACAAACCACUUUGUAGUAAUCAAGAGCUCAGCAUGAUUUGCUCCUGUGAAGUAUAGAACAAGGGCAUUUUCCCAGCACCUUGAUACUUCCUUGACCCAUUCGCCCCUGAACCACCUGUAACCGCCCGUGCUGAUCCACGUUUUUUCUACCCUUUGUGACGUCAUCAGUUUUAAUGGUCAAGGACAACUUUGUUCGCUAACUUGUGCAGAGUGAAGAGAUCUUUCAAACCAUACCAGAAUGAGCACAAUUCAGUCAAGGACACCGGAGAAAGAAGCAAAAAACCACGUGACAUUGAACUGAAAAUCUCCAUGAAAAUCCUGUUCCAUUGCUCACCUACCUUUCCUUUCACCUAAUCCUAAGAUCCUAAAAGCUUUCCUAAAAACUCUUCCCACCAAAAUGAAGCCUACUAAAUGCCCAGCAAGAGAAAGAAAAUGAGGCAAGAAAAGCAAAAAAAGAGGGGAGGAGAGAAAGCAAAAAGUAAAACUCAAGACUGCUGUGUCACUUUUAAACCCAAAAACUAUCUCGAAAUUUUGCUUUCUGCGUGUGCCCGAACUUCGUAAGCUGAUAUUUUGCAUCUGGAUCAGAAGGCCACGAAGUGUACGACCAGUAAACUGGUUUGUGGUAAGUUUUAGCUUUUUAUAGCACGACAGUGACCUGAAAACCACUUGACUAGCUUCAAAACGUAUUUUUCGGCAAAAUCUCCAGGAGCGAAUAGGUUAAUUGUAGAGGGUUCCUUCUUAGAAUAAUCCCUAAAUACUUACAGACCUUUCAUUGUAGGAAUUAGCUGAUAAGUUGUUCAGCUUUCCACGUGGACAUGAACUUCCAGCAUUGAGCCCUGUUAAUGAGAAAGAACAAAGAAGGUCUAAUGAAGAGGAAGAAGGAGAAAAGGGAUUGACAGAUGCUGAGCUACUCAAACAAGAUGUUGUUAAAGUACGUAGCUACGUAGCAAUGCAGACUGAGCUAAAACUGGGCAAAAACUGCAUGAGAUGAACUCAAUAGUAAUACCACUGCAUACAUAUUGUGUGUAAGGCUUUUUGUAGGCUGAAUGAUUACAAUUUAGAGACUUUUUGGGUUUAAAAAAUCAAUAGUCUGCAGAGUGGAUUGGUAAUUAAGAAAAUCAGUUUAUCCUUGUUGUAAGAGCCUGUAAUGUUUACAAGUGGUGUAAAAGAAAGAAAACAAUGCAGUCAACACAAUAAAGCCUUGGAAAAUAAAAGGGAACAACAGUUAGCCUGAGAAAACCAAUGCUUCCACUUGUUUCGCAGCAUAAUGGUGUCUCAGGAACAAGGAUAGAUAUUCCAUACUGAUGAAGUGUCCCUACUCAGGUCGGGUAGUGCUACUGAUCAGAUAUGAAGUAAAUUAGAUGAUCAAAAGUAAAUUUUCAACCAGAAGAGAAUGAUCACCUUAGGCAAAAUAAUAAUUUCAUCUUUUAUUAAAUUCUGUCAAAUAAUUCUUUGAGAAAAUUAUAGAGAUCAGUCUGAAGAAUGACCUGAGAGGCAUAUUACAUAUUCUAGACUGUUGUGAUAUCGUGAUGUUCUUGAAUAUUCCCAGGGACUGAUUCAGAUGAGUAUAUUGCCGAGACUAAGAUACAUACUUGAAGUCUGUUGUCCAGCAGCCCCUGCAGUUCAGGACAUUCUGGAUAUUCUCACGAGAAUUUGUCAACAUUCUACACAAGUCGCAAGUGAAGUCAUUAAAUGUCCAAGACUUGUGGAAGCCAUCUUUGUUAACUUUCUUCCUCUCUCCUGGAAAACGUCUGAGGAAAUGAAUGGAUCUGUGAACGGUCAGCCAGUUAGUGGAGCUAUGCGAUUUGUUAGGUCUAUUUGUUGUACAGGAAGGCACAUGGCUGCAAUGCUGGUGAGUUAAGUAUCCUACUUUUAUCAGGACUUAACUUGAGUGGCACUAUUCAUACUGAGUUUCGUGAGGUUUGGGGGGGCAUAUUUCUAGUUAAAAGAAACAAUGUACACUGUAAUCUUAGCAACAAAAUAGUGUGAAACAUUCUGGCCACAUGAACUUUCUGCUUAUUUCACAUCAGACAGAAUUACGUCAAACAUGAUCCAAAAUGGCAGCCCACCAUCAUGGUGCAUGUUUAUGGUCUUUGGAGGAAAAUGGUGUAAGAUCAGAGGGACAGUAACUAAACACACUGAGAGAAAUGAAGAGAUCAGAUGUGGACGUUAAACCUACAUGUUUGUGAUGUAACCCUUGCUAUUUUCAUUGACAGAUCUCAAAGUACAAUUUACUUGACCCACUUAUGCGCUACACAGCUCUAACCCCUGGUAACAUGCAGGUUGAACUACAGGAGGCAUAUGCACUGUACAUUGAAAGCCUGCGGACAUGGAGAGUAUGUGUUUUGUAUGGCUUGGGUUGUGACUCCGUCAGGUAA